CGGGACUGAAGGAUCCCUCUGGAGACUGGACACUCUCAGGGUGGAGCCUGCUGGAGUCAGAUGGUUGACACCAGGUCUGGGAAGUAUUCCUGUGAACUCACAGUCGACACCAACACGGUGGACAGGAACCUCAAACUGUCUGACAACAACAGGAAGGUGACCCGGGUGGAGGAGGAUCAGCCAUAUCCUGGUCAUCCAGAGAGGUUUGAGUCCUGGUGUCAUCAGCUGCUGUGUAGAGAUGGUCUGACUGGUCGCUGUUACUGGGAGGUCCAGACCAGAGGAGAUGUUCAUAUAUCAGUGAGUUACAGAGGAAUCAGGAGGAGAGGAGACAGUAGAGACUGUCUGUUUGGAGGUAAUGAUCAGUCCUGGAGUCUGGUCUGUGAUGAUGAUGGUUACUUUGUCCGUCACAAUGACAGAGGAACCUCCGUCUCCGUCCCCCGUGUCUCUGGUAGAGUAGCAGUGUAUGUGGACUGUCCUGCUGGCUCUCUGUCCUUCUACACAGUCUCCUCUGACUCACUGAUCCACGUCCACACCUUCAACACCUCAUUCACUCAGACCCUCUAUCCUGGGUUUGGGUUCUGGUCUCGUGGCUCCUCAGUGUCUCUGAGUCCUGUGUAGGACGGAGAGUCUCCUCCUGUCCCUCACUGCUGAUCAGCUGAGUCUGGACAGGAUCACACAGACACACACACACACACACACACACACAACCACAGACAGACACACACGCACACGCACACAAACACACACAUACACACACACACACACACACACACAA